AUGGAGGAGCCGCUGCAGGCCGUGCGCCUCGCGCCGGACCUGGGCGCCGUGCACCGCCGCUCGUCCGUGUCAGCCCAGCAGCGCCACCGCAGCUCCAGCAGCAGCAGCCUCAGCGUCUCGGCCUGCAGCAUCAGCAGCACCGUCAGCAGCUACCCGGCGCCCAGCACCACGGCGCUUCGUCCCUGUUGGCACCUGGCGGCCGACCAAUCCUACGAGGACUACGAGGUGGUCUUCACGGAGGACAAGUUGGGGCUGACGCUCAAGAGCCAAGAGCAGGUGGACCCUUCGGGCUACAGGAUCCCCGUGACCAUCGUCAAGUCCACCAUCUUCAGCGUCGGACAAGUCUCGCACCAGAUUCGGGAGGGCGAUGUGUUGCAGUCGGUAAAUGGCGAGAGCAUUAGGAAUUUGGAGUUCCCGGACGUGCUGCGAAUCCUGAAGAUCGCGCCGAGGCCGAUCCGACUGCGGUUCCGCACGAGGUACACCCUGCGGGGGGCUCGACGAGCGUGGUCCAUGUCGGGGGACGAUCAGCAGGAGGUGUCGUCGAGGCGGUCGAGCACGGGAAGUGUUGACAGUGAAGUGAGGAUGCCGAUCGCGGCGGAGCCGUUCGCGUUCCCAGAACGCCCUGGACUGGAGGAGGACGGUGACGACUCGGACAGUCAGAACGCCGUCAUGUCCGAGAGUUUCGGCGACGCAGACAGCGCGCGCUCGACGGAGAACAGCUCCGUGUCGCGGUUGGCUGCAUUCUUGCGGAAACCUUUUCGUCGCGGGGACGGGUUUGAUGGAGGGCGAUGGGAGCUUCGCAUGGGCAUCGUGCCCGCGUCGCCACGAGCGGAGACCGUACUCGAGUCGCCUUCUAAGGCGGCGAUCGUCGUGCGGUGGCGGGCGCACCCGAAGGCCCUGUCGUAUCACCUGCAGUUCUCUCGGGACUGGACUAUGAAGGUGUGGAAGAGCUGGUCCGGGCGGCCGCAGCGAUCGAGCGACGACGAGCACGAGCUCGUCGCGUCGAUCUUCGGCCUCGACUACGCGAAGAGCUUCGUGGUGCGGGUCCGCUACGAGUUCAGCGGGGGCAACGGACCCAGCGAGUGGAGCUCGCCCAGCGCGCCUGUUACGACCAUCAGCAGCGUGGACGCAAUGCACCACCGCAUCGCCCCACCACGAGCGCAGCGAGGGUAAAAGGCAGUCACUCAGGCCUCCUCGUUGUGCAGUCAUCCUACUGGUCACAUCGCGCCGUAGAGAGAUAAAACUAAGCUUAUCCCCCCAUUAAUCUUCAAUCAAAGUUGUUACUUG